CGAAGAAAGGGGUUAGAAAUUUUUUAAACCUCAUAUUCUUGUAGAGCUCGACGAGCUCUAUCGAAUGAUGUAUCUUUUAAACAAAUCGAAAAGUCACGGAAACUUUGAAUUACCCGCACCUUACUUUCCAACUUUCCUUCUUUCCUACUUUCCUGCUUUGCUACUUUCCUACUUUCCUGCUUUCCUAGUUUCCUGCUUUCCUGCUUUGCUACUUUCCUACUUUCCUGCUUUCCUAGUUUCCUGCUUUCCUACUGGCCUGCCUUCCUUUCUGCAUACAAUAUUCCCAAAGCAACCAAGCAAAUUCCCUUCUAUAAUGAUAAGAGUUUCGACAUAGUGGAUCAGAUAGUGAAAGAAUACACUUGCGCCCAAAUGUCUGGUAAUCCUACUUUCCUGCUUUCCUACUUUUCUUCUCUCCUUCUUUCCUACUUUCCUGCUUUCCUACUUUUCUUCUCUCCUGCAGUCGAUCAGAUAGUGAAAGAAUAGACUUGCGCCCAAAUGGCUGGUAAUCCUACUUUCCUACUUUCCUGCUUUCCUGCUUUCUUGCUUCCCUUCUUUCCAGCUUUCCUGCUUGCUUAAUUGCUUUUCUACUUUGUAGCUUUAUCACUUAAGGUUUUUUAGUUUGCGGCAAAUUGUGCAAGUUCUCUUAGAGAACAAUUUGCCGCAAACGCAAAUUCUGCAUCCUGUGCAAAAUUAUGGAUUUUCCAGGCUAAGGUUUUACAGGAGGUUUUCAGAAACCCUCUGACGUUUAAACCCGCUGAAUCUCAUAUUUGAGAACUCGUUCAGUAUCAAUACACUAUUCUAAGUGUUUCCUGAAAAUUUGGUGUGUUUCUGACUUAAAAUGGCUGAUAUACGGCAACUCUAGUUUUGACAGGCUUCAUGCAAAAGUCCGUUUUUUCAUUAAAAAUACCCUGGUGACCUUGGAUCAACUUCUAGUCAAAAACAAACAUUGUCACGUUGAUCAGCACAUUCGGUAACCUAUGUUUCAAAUCUUUCCGAGAUCUUCCGACGUGUCCCGACCGAGUUAGCGUGGUCUCCGAAGAACAUUUCUAGCUCCGGAACCUUGUAAGGUAACGACCUGGGACUGCUCUAGAAACGAAUAUCUCAGUCCGGGCUACCUACCUGUCGUCUAAAAAGUUAAAAUCCGAAACUUUUUCAGUGGUGUGACAUCUUUCGCAAAAUAUCUUCGCAGGGUGCGCCACCUGCAGGUGAUUUCGGGACAAUAAUUUUGGUUUUUCUUAUUGCCCCAACAUUUUCUUUCGACUAGUGAAAACCGCAGCUCCGUAGCUACAUCCUAGAAAAAGUUAUUAAACAAAUGGCCAUGGUCUUUCUUUUCUGAAAUGGAUAAUAGUUGAUUUUGAAACGAGUUUUAAAAUGAACUGAUUCAGACUGAAAUUUUGAGAUUUCACCUAGUUUGUAUUAAAAUUUCGAUCUGAACUAGUUCAAUUUUAAACUCAAGUGGGCUUUAAUCUGAACUCCGACAUAAAUAUACUAACAUUAAGUGUUUGUGAUAUAAUUGGCGAAAAAGUGGGGUGUUGUCUCAGAACGCUCCUACACGUCUUCUUCUUCUAUCUCUUGAAGAACAUCAACUAUAUUUUUCACAUACACUCUGACGAUAAGACAAUUAUUAAUUGUAUGGAGAAAGAGCUUACUCGAAAAUGUGGAGACGACGUUCCGUAAGUCUGCUCCCUGAACAUUAUUUAGCGUACUGGAUAGCGCGAUUUUAGCAUGUACGGGUAUGUUUUCUUCGUCGUCGUCGUUCUCGGGAAGAGAUAUUGUUGCGGGACAUUUGUAUUCAUCGUUACUAUCUAAUUACAGUAAAUGUAAAUUGCCGUCGUCUGCUGUCUAAAAAAUUUUCGUAUCAUACAGAACCAAAAAAAGGAUAUUUCUAUACCGAGAUACCUUUUUUGGAAUCUCUGAGUAACAAAUGCAGAUACCCUCUUUUUUUUGGCUCUAUGGAAUGAGGAAUACUAUCAAAGAAAUCUUACAAAACCAAAAAUGAUACACUCAAAUACCAAAAUGGCACUGUAAAAUACGGUUAAGGGUAUUUCUAAUUCCAAAAAGCGAACUUCGCGUUCACACGACUUCCUAGCUCUAGGAUUUUCCGUAACGGAGCGACGGAAAGAGCUUGAACGGGUCUUAAAAUGAAGUUAACACACGUAACUAUAGGUUAAUACAGCUUGAUUUUUGAUAUCCAGUCUGCAUUUGUGGUUAGAAAAACAUCUUUGAGCAAGUUUAUGACACUUUUUUGAAUUCUGGCCAUUUGACGCCGACUAUUAUUUUGAAUAGUAAAAUAUCAAAAAUCGAGCUCUAUUAGCCUACAGCCACAUGUGUUUUCGUCAUUUUGAGACCCUCCUAAGCUCUCCACGACGCUUCGUUACCGAGGAAUCUUGCAGCUACCAACAGCUCCAUUUUGACCCUUAAUACUCUUCGUUUCUUUUUGACAGACUAAAAGAAAACUUCAAAUCUUCUUUCGCUCAUACUUUUCGAAAUAUUUGAAACUCUGUUGGUAGUAAUCGUCAUUCUUGAAUAAAGCGGAACAACAUAUACAAAUAUAUAAUCCUCAGAGACCUAUGCUAACACGAUCACUUUCAUUUUUCGAAACCCUUCAUGGCUUCUUUACCAUUAUCCGACUAAGAAGGGCAUCUAACUAUUCCUAUAUUGGCACAAAAAUAGCUUUGUUAUUCCACUACAAGUAAAGAUGAUUGUUUUUCUCCGUAAAGUUGACAUUUGUAUUCAUCGUUACUAUCUAAUUGCAGUAAAUGUAAAUUGCCGUCGUCUGCUGUCUAGUUGGUAGUCCACUAUGGAACUGUUUCAGAGUUCCGUGAAAAAAGAUAGGCUUCACGUAAAAGAAAAUGGUUUCCUACGGAAUCUUCUUUCCUUGUAUAUUUCCAAGUUUCAUAGAAAAAACAUAACGAAAAAUAAUCAAAUUCGUAUGAUAUUCUCUAUACAAAACUUUAAUCUGUUCGUUAUUCUUGAUGAAAGGUGACCGACGUAUUAGAAAAAGAUCAAAAGGAAAAUCUCUUCUCAAAAACAAAAUCAAAUAUGAUUAUUUUUAGCCAUAAAGUUAUUUAGUAUAUGUAGAUUUUAGCAAACAUGGGGCAUUUUUACUGUUGUUAUAUCUAUUCAAGAAGAACACUAAAUGUUCCCUUAACAUAUCUUAAUCGGAUGUGUGUAGAAGACGUCUCAUUCAGUGACACAUCUAUAUGAUUUUAAUGAAGCGAUUAAUAAGCUUGAACGUAAAUAUACAAACAUUAAGUGUUUGUGAUAUAAUUGGCGAAAAAGUAGGGUGUUGUCUCAGAAGCGCUCCGUACACAUCUUCUUCUUCUAUCUCUUGAGAACAUCAACUAUAUUUUUCACAUACACUCUGACAAUAAGGCUGUUAUUAGUUGUAUGAAGAAAUCUAUGCGACAUAUGUCACUGUUCGAAAAAUAAAUAUUAAAUAUUUUUAAUAUAUAUAUUUUCAUUCGGAAAAAUAAUUAAUUUUUAAUAAUUAUAUUAAAUAUCAAAAUUUGUUAUAAAUACCACUUAUGAAAUGUUCAAUUGGGCUGUUUUUCCUCUAUGUUGGCUGUUAUUAUGCUGCAUUACCAUAAAGGUUUGUUUCGAACAUCUCUUGUAAUGUAAAAUUUAGGGGAAAAUACGAUAAGUUUUUUCAAUUGAUUUUACAAUCAUUUUAGUUUUCUCACGGCGAUGUGACGUUAGAAUUGCGUUUAAUUCAUUAUGAAAAUCGUUAUGGUCAAACGUAUGAAAAUCGACCAUGCGAUAUCAAAAUUGAAAAUGAUGUUAACCGUGAUGGACGAUGUGAUACGGCAUUUUUAUUCUGUCUUGUCGAACUUCCAUUUCAAAAUCCGCAUAGAUGUACAUUAGGUGAUUAUUUCACAGGAUUUGUCGGCGCAGAUGACAUUCAUUUUAUUAGCAUUGGUCAUAAUGACACAUAUAUUCCACCAUACAUGCAACGACGAUCACAAACUAAAUCAUUAUGGUUUUUAUCACCAAUCUAUUUCAGAUUUAAGUAUCCAAAAAAUGGAAUUGGUCUUAUCGUUGAGGUAUUUGAUGUUGAUGAUUUGCAAAAUCAAACAUUUCAUGAUACAAUUGAUUUCUAUGGACGAACGUUGUUGGAUCUUAGGCUAUUUUCGUCAAAACACACAUCUCAAUCACAAUAUAUUAUAUUAAGAAGUUUAUAUGAUAGCAAUACUAGUUUGAACUUGUAUUGUUCAGUAAAUUACUAUGGCUCGGAUUGUAAUAAGCAUUGUGUUGAAAAUAAUCGAUAUUCGUGUGAUGUACAAUCAGGAAAAAAACUAUGUAAUAAAGGUUAUUUUGGAAAAAAUUGUUUAAAUGAUCUUCAGCCGUGUGAAAAUAAUCCAUGUUUACAUAAUGGAACAUGUGUAGUGUAUUUACGUGAUUAUCUGUGUCAAUGUCACCAGGAUUUUUCUGGACGAUCGUGUGAAACUAAAGAUAAUAAAAAUAAAUCGUAUCAGUGUCAUUGUCGUCCUACUCAUACGGGGAAACAUUGUGAAGUUGAAAUUUUACCAACGUGUGAGAGAAUUCCAUGUGUAAAUGGUCAAUGUUUAAAAGUUGGAUUAUACAAUGAAAUAUGUGUUUGUCAACUUUACUGGUCUGGAAGUGACUGCACAAAACCAUAUAUAGCCACUACAGAGAAACGUCUAUCAAUUAUCAUGAGUGCAGCAACAACUACAAGUCCUAGUUUAGAACGUAUAUCCAGCUAUUCAACCAGACUUACAAAAACCUAUAUUCCGGGUACAUUUUUCCCUCAGUCAAAUUCUCUUCGUUCAACAACUUUGAUUAAACUUAAUCAGAGUGUUGAAAUAAAAGAAUACAUAGAUUUGUCAAACAAACAGUACGUUAAUCAAUUGUCAGCAGAAAUUCAUUUUCCAGAAACCUCAACAACAAUACAACAUCAAUACAUAACAAAAACGUUUAAUCUCUAUAAAUAUACACCAUGUUCGAAUGCUCCAUGUCUUCAUAAUUCAACGUGUAUUAUUCUGUCUGAACGACAUUACCGCUGCGUUUAUACACUGAUAGCAGCUCGAGAUUCUUUACGUGAUGAUACAAGUGCUUUGUGGCCUUUAGCAAUUGUAUUCGGUUACGUCUUUUCACUCAUGCUUGUAUUUAUUAUUAUAUGGUUUUUGUGGUAUGGUUUAACAAUUCGCCCGUCUUCAAGGCUCUUUUUUCGUUCCAAUUUGCGCAUUGACAAUCACUGUCAUCUCGCUCAAACUCAGCGUAUCAAUCGUUUAGCUUCAUCACGAUUUGGUGUGGCUAAUCCGUUAUUUUUUCAUCAUAGCGCUAAUAAAUAUAGUCCAAGUACUAGUGUUGAAUGGACAAACACACCACCAUUCUUAAAUAGAUAG